AUGUUCCGUGUCGUCUUUGCAUUCUUCCACAUAGAAGCGACAUCUGGAAGCUUGUCAUCAUCUGACCAUUCUGAAUAUGAUAUAUCCAGAAUGAGAGGACGCAGUGUGGAAGACAUCUUGGUUGAGGCUGGACUCAAGGAAGACGGGACAGAACAACUCCGUCCCUUUCUUUCGCAUGCACUAGCGCUAGAGGAUGUCGCUGUGCCAUCCGCAAGCCGCAUGGUGGUUUACAGUAAAGAUAUUUCUUCGGCCAUGAUUCACGAGAGGGUCCCGAAGGAGGACCAACCCAGGCCCGUGCUCAUUGAACAUGCUGAUGGUAGUCCGAUCACGGUCAAGCAAUUCAUGAUUGCAGCGCACGAAUGCCUCAGCCAGCACAAAGACAAGAUCAUCAACAAUCGAAAGUUCCUGCUCCGGGUUCCACUACUUCCUAUAACUGUCCCGGAGCCUGAGAACAGAGAUUUGAGCUUUGACCCGGAUAAGCAUGACCUUUUCUUCAAGGUUGCCCAGGGUACUUCUUUUCCAGACGGCACGAAUGAAUCAAGAGUUCAAGCGCAGACGUGA